CGAAUCUCUGCCUUUUCUAUUAAUAGUUUUCUAUUGGAUUCAAAUUUCUUCCACCUGAAUCCCAGUUUGUCUAUUUCCUUGCGUAGUGUUUCUUUACACCCUUUGUAAUUGGCAACUUCGCCGCAAGGUAGGUAUGCGCUUCUCUGUUAUAUGGUAGUUGAUGAUCGUUCUCCGUAACAGCCCUUGGUCAAAACCAUCGAGAGCCACCUUAGUUUUGAUGUUUGUUCUCUUUGGUUUUGGGAAUGAAACUGCCACAUGCUCUUUUAUAUUUCGCGCUUCUUUUUUUACACGCCUUAUGGAAGACCGGCUCACCCCUGUUGCGGCAGAGACACGUUCUUGUACCUAGAAUUUACAAUAGUAUUGCAAAAACGUAUUAAACCGGAUUUUACAGACCGAAUGAACAUAAUUAUGAAGGCCUUACUUUGUCUAUAGGAAUAGUCACUCGAUCUG